UAUCAAGCACAUAUUUUAGAGGCCUCAGGAAUCUCUGAACUUUUCCUUUCACCAUGUCUACUGAAUUCGCAAAUACUGCCCAACAAAGAUGGAGAUCCGAUGUGUUCCUCAGCUUCAGAGGUAAGGACACUCGCAGGACCUUUACGAGCCACCUCUACUACUCCCUAAAAGAAAACGGUGUCAACGUAUUCAUGGAUGACACCGAACUUCUCAGAGGAGAGGACAUAUCAUCCGAACUCACAGAGGCCAUCAGGAGCUCUAGGUUGUCCGUGAUUGUCUUCUCAGGAAGCUAUGCCAGUUCAAGAUGUUGUCUCCAGGAACUAGUGGAGAUAUUGGAAUGCAGGAACUCCAUUGGGCAGAUAGUUCUUCCUGUGUUUUAUGACAUCGAUCCUUCCGACGUGAGAAGACAGUCCGGGAGUUUUGAGAAAGCAUUUAUGGAGCAUGAAUCGAAGGCUGCGUCAGACGAGGAAAAGGAGGUUGUUGCUCGAUGGAGGGCUGCUUUGACUGAAGCCGGAAAAUUAUCAGGCUGGGAUAUGACAAAUUUGGCAAAUGGGAAGGAGGCAAAAAUUGUCAGAGAUAUUGCUUGCCGAAUAUGGAACGAAUUGAAGAAUACACUUCUAGAUGUCGCAAUAUACCCAGUCGGGCUCAAUCCUCGUCUAGAUCUUAUAAGUGAAAGGCUCCAUCUCGGCUCUAGAGGUGUUCUGUUUGUUGGAAUCAGCGGGAUUGGAGGAAUUGGUAAGACCACUCUAGCCAAAGCUGUAUAUAACCAGCUCUUUCGCAACUUCGAGGCUGCAAGUUUUACUGCCAAUGCCAGAGAAAUUAGUUGCAAGCAACCUAAUGGUCUAGUUCUUUUACAAGAGCAGCUUCUCCGGGACAUUACUAAGCAAAGGAAGAUAAAGCUUGACAAUAUAUAUAGGGGAAUUAAUGUCAUCAAGGAGAGGUUGUGCAGCAGGAGGGUACUUAUUGUUCUUGAUGAUCUGAGCGAUACAGAACAACUGAGAGCACUUGCAAGAGAGCGUGAAUGGUUUGGUUCUGGCAGUAGAAUCAUCAUAACGACUAGAGACCUCGAUUUGCUGAAGGAAAUUAAGGUGGAUUAUGAAUAUAUGCUUGAGAAGCUGAAUGAUACUGAAUCUCUUCAGCUCCUCAGUUGGCAUGCCUUUAGAAACCCCCAUCCCAAAGAAGAAUACGUUGACCUAUCUAAGACCAUCAUUGAGUACUGUCAGGGGUUGCCACUAGCUCUCGAGGUGUUGGGUUCUUUGCUGCUUGAUCGAAGUGUGGAGGAAUGGAGAAGUGCAUUUGCCAAACUGAAAAGAGCUCCCCCUGCUCGUAUACAAAGUCAACUCAAAUUAAGUUUUGAUGCUCUCAGUGAUGACAAUGAGAAGGAUUUAUUCCUCGAUAUUGCUUGCUUCUUUGUCGGUCAUGAUAAAGAUUACGUUAUCAAGAUUUUGAACGGCUGCAGUUUAAGUGCAGAAAUAGGACUAAGUAUCCUCAUUAACAGGUGUCUUGUGAAAAUUAACAGAGGGAAUCAAUUGGAGAUGCAUGAUUUGAUUCGGGACACGGGAAGAGAAAUUGUAUGCAAAGAAUCUCCCAGGAAUCCUGGAAAUCGUAGCAGGUUAUGGUCUCAGAGCGAUGUCCUCACCACUCUACAAAACCAUCUAGGAACCCAUCAAGUUGAAGGACUUAAACUGGAUUCGCCAGACUUAUGUGAAGUACACAUAUGUACAGAAGCUUUCGCGAAGAUGUGUCAAUUAAGACUACUCCAACUAAACAAUGUACAUGUUCAUGGGGACUAUGGGCUUCUGUCUAAAGAGCUGAGAUGGUUGCAAUGGCGUGGAUUUCCUUUGAACUUCAUACCAGAUGGAUUCUCUAUGGGAAACCUGGUUGCUAUUGAUAUGCAAUCUAGCAAACUACGAGCAACUUGGAAAGACACAAAAAUAUGUUGUCACUCUUCUUUUUUGCAUAAAAUUCAUUUAUUCAAACGGGGAGAUACUUGUGUAAUCGUUUUCUUCUCCAUAUUUCAGCUCGUAGGGAACUUGAAGGUCCUUAAUCUCAGUGGCUCACCCUUCUUGACCAAGACCCCUGACUUCUCAAAUAUUCCUAGUCUUGAACAACUUAUUCUCGCGGACUGUUCUGAGCUGAAGUCUGUUGACCAAUCAAUAGGACAUCUCGAGAGACUAGUUAAAAUGAAUCUGCAAAACUGCAGAAAGCUCCGAUGUCUUCCUAGUAGCAUCUGCAUGGUGAAGUCACUCCAAACCCUUGACAUCUCUGGUUGUUCGAGUAUAGACAGAUUAUCAGAUGACCUUGGAGAUUUGUACUCUUUGUCAGUGCUUUGUGCUGAUAGAACGGCUAUAACACAACUUCCUACAAGCAUGGUAAGCUUGAAGAAACUGGCAGUAUUAUCCUUCAGUGGCUGUAAGGCAUCAACCUCUGGCUCCGUUUCUUCACUCAUUUGGUCAUGCAUAUCAGAAAGAGAAGUGCCCAAGCGAGGUAACCAGCUGACCACUACAUUAUCAGGCUUAAUCUCGUUAACCAAGCUAAGUUUAAGAGACUGCAAUCUUUCAGAUGAUGCUAUUCCAGCACAAUUUGGGAGCUUAAGGUCCCUUAUAUCUUUGGACCUCAGUAGAAACGAUUUUUCUCGCUUACCAGCUGCCAUCAGUUGUCUUCCUAAGCUCCUGAGCAUUAAUAUGGAACGUUGCGCUAAGCUUGAAUUCAUUCCAGAUAUGCCCCCAAGUUUGAGCACUCUAAAUGCAAAUAAUUGCAUAUCUCUGGAGAGAAUAUCUCUGUCAACAUGUCGUAAUACACAGAUAUUGGGUCUCGUGAAUUGCUCCAAGCUGGUGGAGAUUUUUGGCUUAGAUCAAUGGAAAGCUGGUGGAUCAAUAAGAUUUGAUGGUUGCAAGAAUCUGUCGACCAAGUUUAAAGAGUUUCUCAUGAAGAACUGGGAGGGAGGCCGGUUUGUUAUACCAGGGAACAACAUCCCGGAGUGGUUCCAGUAUAAAAGUGUCAUUCCUUCGAUAUCUUUCCAAUUGCCUCCUUGCAAUGAUUGUAAGCUGAAACUGAUCACCCUUGGCAUUGUGUACACACCCAACACUGGUCCCACACUGGAUGUAGAGUGCCCCUUAUUUACUCUCACUGAUAAGGCCAGCAAACUGAACCUGACUGAUUACCUUGGAAGGGUGUUCCCUAAUUUUCCACUCCCAUCUGAAGAUCACACUUUCAUGUUUCACUUGACACCCUCUGAUAUCAUGGGAGGCUCGGGUCACAGGUACACUAAGGUCCAGCUGGAUCUUGACUGUGAUAGUCGUUGGACUAUUAAGGCCAUCGGAGUCCAUUUACAGAUUAGUGUCUGUCCGAGAUGUCAGUUAUCUCACAUGGGGAAUUCAGUGGUUGGAAGCAGCAGCCUAAUAACAACUCAUGAAAUGCUGCGAUGCGAUCACCUGGAUGCUACUGCAGCAAUCAGUGAUGUCGGAGCAGGUCCCCUUGAUUGCCCUUUCAAGGAGAGCCUGGAACAUAAAAGGAUGCGGUACGAGCUCCCUUGAGAAAGGGAUCUAAUGGCAAUGGGGUUGGUGUUGUUCAGUAUAGCAGAUUCAGCCAGAUUUAAAGCCGAUGGAGUUGGUGCUGCCCCAAAACAAUCUUUUGGAAUUCUUUUUUAUAUUUAUAUUUUUAUCUUUUAUUGUUCAACCCCCAGUUCUGUUUGUAUGCAUGUGGUGUUAUGGCCGAGAUAUUCUUAAAUGACUUUAUCUUAUAAUAAGAUGGCCAAGAAGAACAACAAAAUAACUACAA